AUGUAUUUUUUUUCUUUCUUUCUUUUUCUUUCUUUUUCUUUCUUUAUUUUUUUCUUUCUUUCUAAUGAAAAUAUUUUUUCUUUUUCUUUCUUUUUUUUAAAUUUUUUUUUUUCUUUCAAAAAUUUUCUUUGGACAUAUUUUUUCUUUCUUGGUCUUUCCGCUCCAAUAACGAAUAAGGCUAAGUCUUUUCAUAUCUAUCUAUCUAUCUAUCUAUCUAUCUAUCUAUCUAUCUAUGUAACAUUUAUAUCUAUCUGUUUUUAUAUCUAUAUAUAUAUAUAUAAAUAUGUUGUCCAUAAAAUGUAUGUAAAAUUUUAUUUCUAUCUUUCUAUCUAUCUAUCUAUCUAUCUAUCUAUCUGCUCGUAUCUAUAUAUCAAGCUAAGUUUGUUCAUAUCUAUCUAUCUAUCUAUCUAUCUAUCUAUCUAUUGUGUUUCUAUCUAUCUAUCUAUCUAUCUAUCUAUCUAUCUAUCUAUCUAUCUAUCUAUCUAUCUAUUUCAGUCUAUUCCAAAAUAUCUCAGUCUGCUAUCUAUCUAUCUAUCUAUCUAUCUUUUCAGGCGAUUGGAAUUUUGA